AUGACAUAUGAGAAUUACAAAGAAAAAUUUGAAAGGGAAAUGUCUGAAACAAGUAUUGAAGAUAAUGAUGAAAAUGCUAAAAAUCACAAUAAUGGUAAUACUAGGGAUGACAAUGAUGUUGUUAUGGAAAAUAAUGAAGGUAACAAUAUUGAAAAUGUUGAAGAACAAAAGAAUGAUGAAUAUAAUGAUGAUAUUAAAAAUUGGAAAAAUAAUUACUGUAAUGAUAAUAAUGAAAAUAAUAAUAUUGGAGAUACCAUGAGCCAAAGGAAUAGUGAUAUCAACAUAAGGAACAAUAAUGCUGAUACUGAAAAUAUCAAUAAAGAAAAUCAAAAUAUCAUAAGUAAUAAAAAUAUGAUAAUGGAAGCAAAUGAUAAUACUGAAAAUAUCAAAAAUCAAGAAAAUGAUGCCGAUAUAAAGAGUAAUGAUACCAAAAAUAUUGAAAAUUGGGAGAAUAAUUAUUAUGAUAAUAGUAAAAGAGAUAAUGAAAAUCAAGAGAUUAAUGACAAUAAUGCCAAUAUUGAAAAUACUGAUAAAAAUCAGAAUAAUGAAGAUAUAAUGGAAACAAAUGAUAAUAUCAAUAAUGAAGUAAUGCAAACAGAUGAAAACCAAGACUUAAGAAUUAAUUUUGAAAAUGGUGAUGGGAAAGAAAAGAAUAAUUAA